AUGGAUGUAAAGAUUAACUCAAGUAUUCAAUGUGAAGUGAAGAUCGCUCGUAGGCUACUCAGUGCACCGUUUCUCACAGCUAUGGAUGGAGCCCGGCUUUUGUCUGUUAGAGGUGUUUUCUUUUUUUGUUCUUUCCUUCACUCUAGCUGGGGUGUCGUCAACUAUUGCAACCUGACUAUCAGUAACACCGCUUCACAGUCUGGAGUUGAGUGGGAUUUCACUAGUUUAUGUAUACGGACCUACCUUACACACGAAUGCCAGAAGUUUGCUCAAAGUUUCGACAGGUCUCUUCUUCCACCAGAGUUUUCCCGUAGCAAACUUUCUGUGGAGCCGCCAGGUCAAUUUGUGCUGGCUGGAUCCAAUGAGUUUAACUUUGACAUUCAGUGGAGGCUGCCCAACUCUGCUAGCGCUCGUGCUGAGAUCGAAGGAUUUCUCCUUAUUUGGACUACCAAUCAGACAACAGAUUGUAGAAUUUUUCGUCUCAAUGAGUCGGAUUCAGUCAGGCCUAUAAAGACCAAGUUCCUGUACAGACUGAGUCUCUCCCCCAAGAAAACCUAUGACCUGAGGCUCUACAGUCUGCCGACACCUAGACCAGACGAACGAGAUGUUCAGGGAACGUACGACCAGCUUUCUAUCACAACUGAAAAAGUCGUGUCCAGCGAUGAAUGGUCUCCAAACGUGUCCUACAAAGUGAACCCCAACCGGACCGUGAGCUGUUGGUUUCUCUUGUCUCCGCCAUACCUCGACGUCACAGAGUUCGAGUUUAGGUUGUUUAAAGCCAACCACAGCCUGACGAAAAACUACCGGAAUUUCACUCGAGUCUUUAAUAUUUCCACAACUGAAGAAACACUAGGUUAUGUUGAGUUUCCAAAUAUGACGGAUGACGCUUAUAAGAUCUGGGUGAACUGUAAUUGUAAUAAGAAGAAGCUAUGUAAAAAAAAAUGUGUCGCCACCGAGACCUAUUGGUUUAAUAUAAGUUUAGCAGACGCCGAACUUGUGCCGAAUUUUAAUUAUGAUCAACCUGAAGCUGAUGACGAGGAUGAUACAACCUUCUACAUCUGGGGCGGGGUUACAGGGGCGGUUAUUCUAAUUGCUGCCGUCAUCAUUCUGGGCGUUGUUUUAAAGCGCUAUAUAGAUAAUCACUCGCCGAGAGAUGAUCCUAUCUCGCAUAAAACAAGUGGAGAAGUUCAUGCAUCAUCAGACGGUACCUCAGAGCACACAAGAACCAUCGCCCCAGCCUUGAAGAGGAAACGUCUUUACGUCAUGUCCGCCGAUGACCACCACCUUCAUAUGGAGAAGAUCAAAGCACUGGUCAAGUUCCUGGAGGUCCACUGCCACUGUGACGUCACCUACCCUCCCAACGCGGACGUUCAAGAGACCUUGACCUACGAGUGGUUCCUGCGUCAGCUGAACCAAGCGGAUCACGUGAUCUUCGUGGACUCGGUAGCAGCCGAGAAGCUCUUCUCCGCCCACCUGAGCCACACCCGCUACAGGGGCCGGCCCGGGGGUGACCUGUACCCCAUCUACCUGCAGCACAUCUUGAACCACGACCAGCUGCGGGAGGGUUUGAUCUCGGUCCACUUUGAUGUGGUGCGCUGCCGCACGUACCUGCCCUCCCCGUUCGUCUACAAGCUGCCGCGUCAGUUGCCGGAGCUGCUCAGGAAAAUUCACGUACUCAGCAGCAAGAGUUUGGACGCUGUCGGAACCAUCUUACCCAUGAAGGCGGAGAACCUCCAAUUCUUGAAGGAGGGCUCGCAACUUCUCUCCGCCAUUAGAGAGGCGCGUCUCUUUGAGGCCAACAACCGUCACUGGUUCCAUGAGAAAUUCGGCCAGCCGACCAAACUUCUGCUACCGAUGACGUCAGACGAUUCUGGUGUCUUCCCGGACAUCCAAACGCCACUUUCGGUUUCGACUCAGGAACUUCCGGUUCUCGUGGAUUCUGAAGAUUCCCAACGAUAUAGCCGUGUGGGCGAGGUUAACAAUAACACGGAGGAGCUGAGUGUGUUCACGGUACCAACACACGUCACGGUGAACUUGAAAGGGAAGACAGCUUGGGAUAGAGGUCAACCACUGCGGGUUCAACCCGAGGAAGUGCCAGAGUCCUUGUACAGCGAGCCGUCAGAAGAACCGUCUGAACGUCUUUUCAUCCCACCUGUCCAGGUGUCUGAGAUUAGUUCCGAGUUCAGCUCGGUUGUCAGGGCCAUCAACGGCUUUGGUGAUGCAGAACCUGAUUACGUCAAGUUGGUAUAGGAACACACGCAGGUUACAGGGUUGCGGGUCCCAUCGUCCUUAAUAUACUGUCGGAACGCCCCUGACCUCUAAGCCCCAAUUCCACUAACCCCUUAGCCCCAAUACCACAGACCCCUUUGUCAUAUUUCUACUGAUUUCUUAGCUCUAAAUAAAAUAUUAAUGACCCCAUUAGCCCCAAUACUUAUGACCACUUAGCCCUAAUUCUACUAAUCUCUUAGCCCCAAUAUUAAUGACCCCUUAGCCCUAAUUCUAAUGACCCAUUAGCCCUAAAUCUACUAACCCCUUAGCCCCAAUAUUAAUGACCCCUUAGCUCUAAUUCUAAUGACCAAUUAGUCUCAAUAUUAAUGAUCUCUUAGCCCCAAUACCUCUAACCUCUUGGCUACAAUGCCACAUGCCCCUUAGCCCUAUAUCUACUGACCCAUUAGCCCCAAUAUUAAUGACCGCUUAGCCCCAAUAACACUAGCCUCUUAUGUACAAUACCACUGAACCCUUAACCCCCAAACCACUGAACCCUUAGUCCUAAUACAUUCGACCCCCAAAAACAUUCUUUAAUAAGAUUACUGACUUUUGUCCCAGACAUCAAUAGCUCUGUGUAUCUUCCAGACAUCAUAGCCCCCCCCCCUCCCCCCAGCCACAUGUCACCCACCCCUAUACCGUUGCUUUGAUAUUCGUAUCCACAAAAACACUGACUAACCCUACACAACUAACAUGUCUCGUGGAAAUUUAAUGUGUUCAUUUCUCUUAAUACACCCUUUCACAUGCUUUUAGUUUAGUUUUAUAACAUUGGCAGGGCAAUUUUUUUAUUGCCUUCCCGAUUCUACUUCAUUUUGAAGCUGGCAACAUGGUCUAAAUUAAACUUUUAGGUUGCUUCACUUUGAGAAUUCUAAUGUCUAAUUCUAGUGUUAAUUCAUUUUCAAUGUAAUGCCAUUUUAAAAACAAUUGUGCUACUUUUAUUCCAGUAGUUAAAUUUUAAGUUUUAACCUUAACGACUAGCGACACUGAUGAAGCUCACAACAUUAAAUAAAGAUCACUUUAACUAAGCCGUUUAACUCCAGAUCAUACGAUUAAAAAAUUCCUUCUCAAUCAUAAACAACAGCUGUAACAAUUUUGGGCAAGAGAGAUAACUCCAAAACACACUUAACAAAACUUAACAGGAGAACCAACGCCCUUCACAGGAAGGAUAACUCUUAAUGAAGAGAUAUUCAUCUACGAACAGGACGCGAAAGCGAGUUUCAUUAUUUUAAACUUAGAUAACAUGAAAUCGACAUUUUAUUUAUUCAGCACUUGGCUAAACUUUCAAUGAGUCUACUUAUACAUCAGUUGAGUUGGUUCAGACAAUGAGAAUCCUAAUCACCGCACUGCACGUUACGCGCACAAUGAUGUAUUGUUGUUGACAUGGUAAUGGAUGUAAAGACAAUGGUACAAAUCAUGUACGUGAACGAGAGCUGAUUUUAACCGUUGGUUAUUUCAAAGUGUUUUCUUACUGAAGAUUGAAUCACCUUUUAAUUACACAUUUGCAUUUUCAGGUUUAAAAAUAAAAUGUAAUUAGAUGUUUUGUAUUAGGUAUAAGUAAACCAUAUUAAAUUAAUGUAAGUACAUGUCAGAAAGAAGUAUGACUAUUGUAAAUCUGUAUCGGUCCUCACAAGCCGAUGGUGAAAACUGUACUACUAAAGCUAACAUGGCAAGAUAAAGUGACGCUUUAAAUUACAUGUCUAAGGCAAAAAAAAAUUGAAAUUCUCAAACAUUAUAGUUAGCUGUAUAGUCUAUUUAUUGCUAAUGUAUCUAAACAUGUUUUUUCUUUUGUUGUUGAUAAUUGAGUUGGCGUCGGGGUGGAGAUCCAUGCACAAAUAAACAUAUUUACAUGUAUAUAUAUAUAUAUAUAUAUAUAUAUAUAUAUAUAUAUAUAUAUAUAUAUAUA